CUAAAUCAAGCUAGUAAUGCACAUCCAAUUCUCGAAUUCUUGUUCUUAAUUUUGUUCUUGCGAUCCGCUCUGUAAAUCGGAUCAUUUGGUGGAUUUAUUGUCCAUCAAAUUGGUGCUCUCGUUGAGAGUUCGAGAAUCAUACUCGGAAGAAAUCCUCCACAACGACGAUGGUGCAAACACGUAGCAAUGCCAACGUAGGUACCGGAGUUCCCCAACAGGGGGAGAAUAGCGCCACCGGAGGUCGGCACCCCCCCAUCACCACCGGGGAGGCUGAGGCCCUCAUUCAGAGGGUUGGGAUCACGACCGAACAAUUCAAGGAGGUGCUGGCCGCACUUGCGCCCAACCGCGAGGUAGUGGUGGGAGAUGUGGCUGGGGGACCCACAGGCGAGAAGGCUGGACCUGCGGGCUCCCAAGGAAAAAAGAAAAAAUGGGGCGACCUGGCCCACAAGUUCUUGGAGCACUUCGCGUCCAGCCGGAGACAAAAGCUCCCCUUCUCGCAUUUGCUCAAUGUGAAGAUCCGGAAGGGGGAACAGCUCCGGGAGUUCAUUAAUAGGUGGGAGAAGGAGGCUAGGGAUGUCCAAGGGGCGGACGACCAAGCCCUGAUCGCCAUGCUCCAAGCUGCACUCCCCCAAGGGGAUGUGCGUAAGGAGCUGCGACGGAAUCCUCUCUCGACCUAUCAAGAGAUGUUGGCCAGGGCGAAGUACCUGGCGCUGGAAGAGGAAGAUGAUGAGCCACCAGUCCGGAAGGAGAAGAAAAGCGGGCCACCGGUGGCAGAAGGAAAGAAGAGGAAGGAAUAUGGUAAGGGGCCGAACCCCACCGGGUAUCAUGCGAACAGGCAUCCCGUUCACGCGGUACAGUCGUUGCCGGCCCCUCCUCAUGGUCGGGAAAGCUAUGGUGUGCAAGAUGCACCCAAAUACUGCGAUUACCACCAUAACAGCACCCAUAACACGUCGGAGUGCGUUACGCUGAAGAAGGAGAUGGAUCAGCUGAUCGCUAGAGGGCCACCUCCUCGGCCAGAGCGACCGUCCACAAGUAACCGGACCUGGAGGAGGCCGCCAGCCCCCACGGCAGCGAUCACAGCAGGAGAGGGGCAAGAAGAUGGACGGCGGCACCUAGGGCGUGGGUUGAAGGGCAUUUUAGGGUGGGCAUUAUAAUUUAACUCCUAAAAAAAAGAAAAAAAACAUACCACUCAUAUCUAGGGAAAACACAUUUGUUUAGGCCCUAGAUAGAACAAACUUUACAAAUAGAUUCGAUUCAAAGAUAUAAUAGUUUUGAGCAUGAACAUCAAUGGCAUGUAUUAAGAGAUCCAUAAUCUCGAUUCUAAUUCAUUGCCUGGUUCAAAUAUUGAAUGUUUAAUAUAAUGUAAGCAUUUGG